CGGCCUCCAGCCGCAGACCGCCAGCCUCCCUCCCGGUCGCGGUAGCUUUGACAGCGCACCAUGGCGGCGGCCGGGACUGCGGGGAUGCCGGCGACCGUGUCGGAGAAGCAGGAGUUUUACCAGCUCCUGAAGAACCUGAUCAACCCCAGCUGUAUGGUGCGGAGGCAAGCGGAGGAGGUCUAUGAGAAUAUCUCAGGUCUGUGUAAGACUACGUUCCUCUUAGACGCUGUCCGAAACAGAAGAGCAGGGUAUGAGGUGAGACAAAUGGCUGCCGCACUGCUACGACGGCUUUUGUCCUCCGGGUUUGAGGAGGUCUAUCCAAAUCUGCCUUCUGAGGUGCAGAGGGAUGUCAAGAUUGAACUGAUACUGGCUGUUAAAUUAGAAACGCACGCUAGCAUGAGGAAAAAGCUUUGCGACAUUUUUGCAGUGCUGGCCAGAAAUUUGAUAGAUGAGGAUGGCACUAACCAUUGGCCAGAAGGUCUGAAAUUCCUCAUCGAUUCGAUUCACUCUAAAAAUGUGGUUCUGUGGGAAGUUGCACUUCAUGUUUUCUGGCAUUUUCCUGGGAUUUUUGGGAACCAAGAUCACCACGAUUUGGAUAUCAUCAAGAGGUUGUUGGACCAAUGUAUUCAAGAUCAAGAGCAUCCAGCAAUCAGGACCUUAUCUGCUAGAGCUGCAGCUGCAUUUGUUCUUGCUAAUGAAAACAACAUUGCUCUUUUCAAAGACUUUGCAGAUUUGCUUCCCGGAAUCUUGCAGGCCGUGAAUGAUUCCUGCUACCAGGAUGAUGAUUCGGUGCUAGAAUCUCUUGUUGAGAUUGCAGAUACUGUACCUAAAUACUUGGGUCCCUAUUUAGAAGAUACUCUGCAGUUGAGCCUGAAGUUAUGUGGAGACUCUAGGCUUAGUAAUCUGCAACGCCAGCUGGCUCUGGAAGUAAUCGUGACCUUAUCUGAAACUGCAACUCCGAUGUUGAAAAAACAUACGAAUAUUAUUGCACAGGCUGUGCCUCACAUAUUAGCAAUGAUGGUUGAUCUGCAAAAUGAUGAGGACUGGGUGAAUGCUGAUGAAAUGGAAGAAGAUGAUUUUGACAGUAAUGCAGUUGCUGCUGAGAGUGCACUUGACAGACUGGCUUGUGGACUUGGUGGAAAAGUUGUUCUGCCAAUGACCAAGGAGCAUAUCAUGCAGAUGCUUCAGAGCCAUGACUGGAAAUGUCGACACGCUGGACUAAUGGCCUUAUCAGCCAUUGGAGAAGGUUGCCAUCAGCAAAUGGAACCAAUUCUAGAUGAAACAGUUAACUCAGUUUUGCUUUUUCUUCAGGAUCCUCAUCCAAGGGUCAGGGCUGCUGCCUGUACUACACUUGGACAGAUGGCUACCGAUUUUGCGCCUGGUUUCCAAAAGAAAUUCCAUGAAAUAGUGAUUACAGCUUUGUUGCGAACCAUGGAGAAUCAAGGUAAUCAGCGGGUGCAAUCUCAUGCGGCUUCGGCUCUUGUUAUUUUUAUUGAAGACUGCCCAAAACCAUUGCUGAUUCUGUAUUUGGAAAAUAUGGUGAAAAGUCUACAUUCCAUCUUGGUAAUUAAACUUCAAGAACUGAUUCGGAAUGGAACUAAGUUGGCCUUAGAACAACUUGUGACAACCAUUGCCUCAGUUGCAGAUGCCAUAGAAGAAAGCUUUGUUCCAUAUUAUGAUAUAUUUCUGCCCUCUCUCAAACAUGUUGUUGAACUCGCUGUUCAAAAGGACCUCAAGCUUCUUCGAGGAAAAACUAUUGAGUGCAUUAGCCAUGUUGGUCUUGCUGUUGGGAAGGAAAAAUUUAUGCAAGAUGCAUCCAGUGUGAUGGAGUUACUAUUGAAGACACAGUCAGACUUAAACAGUAUGGAGGAUGAUGACCCUCAGACUUCUUACAUGGUUUCGGCAUGGGCUAGGAUGUGUAAAAUUCUUGGAAAAGACUUUCAGCAGUAUCUCCCACUGGUGAUUGAGCCUCUUAUUAAGACCGCUUCAGCUAAACCCGAUGUCGCUCUCUUAGACACACAAGACGUGGAGAACAUGAGUGAUGAUGAUGGCUGGCAGUUUGUCAAUCUUGGAGACCAGCAAAGCUUCGGAAUUAAAACUUCAGGACUCGAAGCCAAAGCAACGGCUUGCCAGAUGUUGGUGUACUAUGCUAAGGAGUUGAGAGAAGGAUUUGUGGAAUAUACGGAGGAAGUUGUGAAGCUGAUGGUUCCUCUGUUGAAAUUUUAUUUUCACGACAAUGUUCGAGUGGCAGCUGCAGAAGCCCUGCCCUUUCUUUUGGAAUGCGCAAGAAUUCAUGGCUCGGAGUAUCUUUCACAGAUGUGGCAGUUUAUAUGUGAUCCCUUAAUCAAAGCUAUUGGAACUGAACCUGAUACGGAUGUACUCUCAGAAAUAAUGAAUUCUUUUGCAAAGUCUAUAGAGGUAAUGGGAGAUGGUUGUCUUAAUGAUGAACACUUGGAAGAACUGGGAGGAAUUUUGAAGGCAAAACUUGAAGGGCACUUUAAAAACCAAGAGUUACGGCAAGUAAAAAGGCAAGAAGAAAAUUAUGACCAACAGGUUGAAAUGUCUCUUCAAGACGAAGAUGAAUGUGAUGUUUAUAUUCUGACCAAAGUAUCAGAUAUUUUGCACUCAUUGUUUAGUACUUACAAGGAAAAAAUUUUGCCUUGGUUUGAGCAGUUACUUCCAUUAAUUGUAAAUCUGAUUUGCUCAAGUAGGCCAUGGCCAGACAGACAGUGGGGAUUGUGCAUAUUUGAUGAUAUCAUAGAGCACUGCAGUCCAACCUCAUUCAAAUAUGUUGAGUAUUUUCGGUGGCCAAUGCUCCUCAAUAUGCGAGAUAACAACCCUGAAGUCAGGCAAGCUGCUGCUUAUGGACUGGGGGUUAUGGCACAGUUUGGGGGAGAUGACUAUCGUUCUUUAUGUUCAGAAGCUGUUCCACUCUUGGUAAAAGUUAUAAAGUGUGCAAACUCCAAAACCAAAAAGAAUGUCAUCGCUACAGAGAACUGUAUCUCAGCAAUAGGGAAGAUUAUGAAGUUUAAGCCCAACUGUGUAAACGUAGAUGAGGUUCUCCCACACUGGCUGUCAUGGCUUCCGCUGCAUGAAGACAAAGAAGAAGCCAUUCAGACUUUGAACUUUCUCUGUGACCUAAUUGAAAGUAACCAUCCAGUUGUGAUUGGUCCAAACAAUUCCAAUCUUCCCAAAAUCAUCAGUAUAAUUGCAGAAGGAAAAAUUAAUGAGACCAUUAGUCACGAAGACCCCUGUGCCAAACGCCUAGCUAAUGUUGUUCGUCAGAUCCAGGCUUCGGAAGAAUUAUGGUUGGAAUGCACAUCCCAACUUGAUGACGAACAGCAGGAAGCUUUGCAGGAAUUACUCAGUUUUGCUUGAAGCACUUUAAUACCACUUGAAUAAUUCAUCUGUCCUAAAAGUAACUUCAAAGUGUUGUGAGUGAACCCAUUACCGACGAGAGAUAGCACUUCUCUGCUAAGUAGUUCAUACUUCUUCCCUGUGCUUCUCCAGGGUCAGUGUUAAGGUCUUCUGCUUAUUUGGCAUGUGUCAUCUCCUAAGCUGUGCUUGGUAACUUGUGCUUCCAGUUGUCUUAGAGUUAUUUGUCACCCCCCCCCCCCCAUUUAGUGUGAAAUGUAUGAAUCGCUACUGUUCGUUUGAACUAUUGAUGUUGGGCAGAUGGUAUACUUGGUGCCAAGAUGUCUGUGACUAUCACAGAUGCAAAGAGCUCACGAAGAAAGGGGCAUUUCCAGGAUAAAGAUCUCUGGAAUUGAGGGUGAAGAAUAGAGUGGCGGACUUGUUCUUCCUUGGUAAUACUACUGUUUGUUAUGGUAAUGGAAGGAGAUGCUAGAACUAAGUCUCAAGGUACUGCAGUGGGUAUAGGAGGUUACCCCCCCCAUAAUAUAAAUGAACCUUUUCAUAUAGUAUCCCUGAAAAGUGGUUGGAGCAUGCCUAAAUUCCAGUUCCCAAGGUGUCCAGCUGACAGUUAAAAGAACUUUUAAAUCUCCUUAACCAAAUUGCUCUCUUAAGAAAUGUAUCUAGAAACAUUCAUGGUUGUGACGAAGUACUGAGAAAUCUAACACUGAAAACAUUUGACAGACUAUAACAGCUUAAUAAAUACUCAGUAGUCAUUGUUUGUGGGAGGCAGUUAUUGUUACAUGUUUUAGCAGAGUAUUGCUCUGUGUCUGUAUGUCAUAUUCUUCCUUACCCCCACACCCAACCUUAAGGGGAACUGUCAUUCAGAAUGGGGGGUUAAAUAGGUUUCUAUUUUGAAGCAGUUCUAACAGAUUCUAUAGAAACAGUAAAACAAAUUUUUAUCCAUAAACAUUAAAAAGAAAAGAGCUUUAAGACUCUUUUUAGUCAUUUAUCAGUGUGUGUAUUACAAAACAGCUCUAUGAAUUUAAUUACAUCAAUUGGAAUGUCUUUAAUGUUAAAGGUUUUUGUAGGGUAGAAAAAGUUUCUACCUAACAAAACUUCAUUCAAAACUUACAAGAAUGUCUGUUGUGAUUUCCUGAGUCUAUUGUGAGUACUGUGUAUGUAACAGAGCAAAUAUGUCGGAUCCAGUAAGUGCUCAAUAAACUGUCAGUGUUACUACUGUU